UCCUUCCUGUAGCCCGGUUGAGGAAGUGAAUUUCGCUGACAGGGCUGGGUUCAGUGAGGGAGAGGCGAACAAAACAUCUUCCGCGGGGGACUAAAAAAACACAACAAAACAAAAGCAGACGAGCGAAGAGAUUUGAUAAGCCACUGCAAAACUAAGGUGUAGAGACAUCGGUGAAAUCUUCCUCCCCUGCCCCGCUGAGACGCUGCAGACAUGAACGACCAGCAGCUCGACUGUGCCCUGGACCUGAUGAGGCGUCUGCCUCCUCAGCAGAUCGAGAAGAACCUCAGCGACCUCAUCGACCUGGUGCCCAGUCUGUGCGAGGACCUCCUCUCUUCUGUGGACCAGCCCCUGAAGAUUGCCCGGGACAAAGUGGUGGGGAAAGACUACCUGCUCUGUGAUUACAACAGAGACGGCGACUCCUACAGAUCCCCGUGGAGUAAUAAGUAUGAACCUCCCAUUGAAGAUGGUGCUAUGCCUUCAGCCCGCCUGAGGAAACUCGAGGUCGAGGCCAACAACGCCUUCGACCAGUACAGAGAUCUGUACUUUGAGGGUGGCGUGUCCUCUGUGUACCUCUGGGACUUGGAGCAUGGCUUCGCUGGAGUUAUUCUCAUCAAGAAGGCCGGCGAUGGAUCCAAGAAGAUCAAAGGGUGCUGGGACUCCAUCCAUGUGGUGGAGGUGCAGGAGAAGUCCAGCGGUCGUACUGCUCACUACAAACUCACCUCCACCGUCAUGCUGUGGCUCCAGACAACCAAGACCGGCUCCGGCACCAUGAACCUGGGCGGCAGUCUUACGAGACAGAUGGAAAAAGACGAGACAGUUGGAGAGUCCUCACCCCACAUCGCCAACAUCGGCCGCCUUGUCGAGGAUAUGGAGAACAAGAUUCGCUCCACACUGAAUGAAAUCUACUUUGGCAAGACCAAGGACAUCGUCAACGGCCUAAGGAGUGUUCAGACUCUGGCUGACAAGUCAAAGCAGGAGGCUCUGAAGGUCGACCUGAUGGAGGCACUCAAACGCAAACAAAACAGCUAGAGUUGCUACUGUUAGUUUUUUUUUUUCUGUCUCUCUCACUCUCUCCGCCUCAUCUCCGCCAUCUUUUCUCUGUUUCUCUUUGUCUCUCCCUCCACGCCUGUUUCAGUGCUGCACUCUUGUUUCUUUGUGGAAAAAACAAAAAAGGAGAAAAUGCUUAGCUUUUUAUUUGUUUUUGUUUUUCUGUCUGGUUUUUUGUUUUCAUGCAUCUCAUCUGCCAUGAAGCCAGUCCCUCACGCUCCCUCUGUCUCUCUCCACCUCUCUCCCACGUUCUGAAUAUAAUGAUAGUAUUACCACGGUUAAUGAUAAUCUUACAGUGUGAGGGUCAUUGUUGUAAUAAUCCCUGAUGUUCUCACAGCCGAUGUGUCCUCGGUCAGUUUCAAACUCGCAACUUUGGCCCGGCUCUUCCUCCGUGUCCAGGAAGCGGACACAGACUGUGCUGUAGGUGGUGUAGGCUCGGUGGGGCUGUCAUUAUGUACAUCAAAUUGAUUUCAAGCACCUACUUUUGUCUACGACACCCCUGAUAUAUUUGUAUAAAAUUAUUACUGUUGGCGUAUUACUGUCAUUCUUCUUAGUAAAUGGUGUGAACACGAGGGCGGCCUUCGGUUUAUGUUAGAAGGUUUUUACUUUAAUUCCACUCAUGCAUGUGAGCCUGUGUGGUGCUGCAGUGAGUGGAAAUGUAGACUUAUCAAACAUGGGGAUGGACUGUUAUAAUCACCGGGUGAUUACACCCAUAUGUCAACCCAACCCCCCCUACACUGUGUAUAACAUGACAGUCAGCCCCCCCUCUAUUCAGCUUGUUCAACUUUUCUCUCCUCACCUACAGUACUAUGUCUUUGUUGGGGGUCACAGUUUGUCUUUGUGUCUCAGUGGAAACCUUUGACUGUUUCCAUUUUGGAGGGGAAUCUUUUUUGUUGUAUUUUUGUUUUGUUUUUAUUUUGUAAAGCUUAUGAUUCAUAUUGUAUUAGAGCCUCCAGCAACAAUAAAAACAGUAAAAAGCUA